CUUAGUGGAAACGGCAGUCAUAUCAAAGACUGCAGUGUCUUUUUAUGUUAGUGCAGUUUUACUCUGUUUUCACUUUCAUUGAGAAAUCCUCUCUCGUGGACAGGGAUCCUUCAAGGAACUCAAGUCAGCAGGAAGGUGAAGCUCAAGCAUAUCCCGCAUCAUCGGCAUGCAUCCCGUGCUGAGGGCGGCUUCCUACGGCUUCGAUGCGUCCGGCAGCGGCGGCGGCGGCUGUCCACGCGGAGGGUUGGCGGAGGUCAUGUUCUGCACCGUCCCUUGUCUUUGCAAAGCGGUGAUGCGGGCGUUUAUCACUUAGAGGUCUAGUGCAGGACGUUUAUCACUUAGGGGUCUAGUGCGGGCCGCACCCUACCCACGCAGGCCACGCCCACCUCCGUCUCGGACGCAAUGAAUGGUGGCAAACCAUCCGACCAGUCUUGGUGUUACCCAUUGUCCACGUUUGCAUUACCAGAUAGGUACUACCAUAGCAAGGUUCCUCGUUGAUCCUCGUUGCCUCAGAUCUCGCCCAACCAGACUGCCCAUCGUUACCUUUACUUUACCACCUCUACAGACACCACCAAAACCACAACCAUCAUGGCGCCACUCGCUGAUACUGCUUCGAACGGCGGUUCUACCCUCUCGCUCGACCACCUCAUCACCGGCUCGGACAAGUACCACGCUGCCGCGACCAACGUUGCCAUCGCCGCCGAGAACGAGUAUGCCGCCCACAACUACCACCCGCUCCCCGUUGUCUUUGCCAAGGCUCAGGGCGUUCAUGUGUGGGAUCCCGAGGGCAAGCACUACCUUGACUUCCUUUCUGCCUACAGCGCCGUGAACCAGGGCCAUUGCCAUCCAGAGCUAGUCAAGGCCCUCACGGAACAGGCUUCGCGCCUCACCCUGAGCUCCCGCGCCUUCCAUAACGAUGUCUUCCCCGUCUGGGCCGCAAAGGUCCGCUCCGUCUUCGGAUACGACAUGGUGUUGCCCAUGAACACCGGUGCCGAGGCGGUCGAGACAGCCAUCAAGAUUGCGAGAAAGUGGGCGUACAAGGUUAAGGGCGUGCCACAUGACAAGGCCCUGGUGUUCAGCGCUGCUGACAACUUCCACGGACGGACGAUGACAGCCAUCUCCCUCUCCGUCGAUCCCGAGUCGCGUGAUAACUAUGGCCCUUACGUACCCCAGAUCGGCGCCGUUUCCCCUUCGACUGGCAAGACCAUCCGCUACAACAAUAUUGCCGAUCUAGAAGAAGUACUGGAGGCGCAUGGAAAGGAGACCGCUGCCUUCAUCGUGGAACCCAUCCAGGGCGAGGCCGGUGUUGUUGUUCCCGACGAGGACUACCUCCAGAAGGUUUCCGCGCUUUGCAAGAAGCACAACGUCCUCUUUAUCUGCGACGAGAUCCAGACCGGUAUUGCCCGCACGGGUCGUAUGCUCUGCUCCGAUUGGGCUAAUAUCAAGCCUGACAUCAUCACCCUGGGCAAGGCCAUCUCGGGCGGCAUGUACCCCGUCAGCGCUGUUUUGGCUGACAAGGAGAUCAUGCUCGUCGUUGAGCCUGGUACUCACGGCUCCACAUACGGCGGUAACCCGCUUGGAUGUGCGGUGUCGCUCCGUGCGCUGGAGCUUGUAGAAGAGGAGGGCCUGGUAGAGAAGGCCGAGAAGCUGGGUCAGAUCUUCCGGGAAGGAGUGGAGGCGUUCAAGUCUCCCAUUGUUAAGCUCGUUCGCGGCAAGGGACUGUUGAAUGCCGUGGUUAUUGAUGAGUCUGCGGCCGCUGGGCGGACAGCCUGGGAUUUGUGCAUUUUGUUGAAGGAGAAGGGUGUCCUCGCGAAACCCACACACGGAAACAUCAUCCGCUUCGCUCCUCCGCUAGUCAUCACCGAGGAGGAGCUACGGGGUGCUAUCAAGACCUUCGGAGAGGCCCUGCAGGAGCUCCCAACUGUCACGAAGUCCGAGGGACAUUAGUUGAUGUUUGAGGAGGAUGGAGCGGCGUGUUGCGUUCUCACUCGGCAUGCACUGCAUUUGUUGUAACCCGGGCGCAACUGGUUUUUCUUCGAUGUUCGGAUACCCAGGGACUUGCGGAUAUCAGACUGAUUAUUGGGAAUAUUUUUAUCAUCCUGACCCUUGACGUCAGCGGGUAAUGGGAAAAGUUUAUAUACCACCAUGUAACACAGUUAAUCACCGGAAGGAACCACCCAUGAAUCAAACAAUACCAAGUGUGUUCACCCUACCUUACACCUUACACUUCCACAAGUCAUACAAAACACAACACUCGCGUAGCUAGGCAACUUCGGAGACUCGGCGACCGUCUAACCUUACAUCGGGUUUUUAUGGAAUCCUUCUGGAAUACCGUGAAGGCCUUUGCAUAACCUCCAAAAGUGAGAAGAAGCUCGGGACGUCGGGCCUGUCAGGCAGUGAACAUGUCACACCCGUUACCAGCGGGCACCUCCGUCUUGCCUACUGAGUUGCUGUUUGGCUUCUGGUCUCGUCACGUUCCAGACACAGAGCACUGUACCAUUG